UGAAAAUAACCCCGCCACCCACCUCGGGUCCCCAGCGCACGCAGGAGCACAACCCAACUCCCUCGUCUCCGAUCUCUCCACAUUUCCCCCGCACCCUGACAUGCCGCGAAGCACCCCGCUCCCUCUCCUAAUUUAGCUCACCGCCUCCCUCUCAUCGUAGUUCGUAAACCCCAUUCCCUACCCCCAUGGCUUCGUGGCUCAAGGUCGCCGAAGACCUACUAGAAGUUGUUGAUCGGCGAGCGAAACUUGUUGUUAGUGAGUUGUCAGAGGAGCAGUCUGAAUCACAGGCUCCAGCUACCAAUGGUCAAGACAGUCAAUCCCGGAAGACGAGAUCACGGGAAAAGAGUCAAUUAAAGUUCUCCAACAUUGAAAAAUCUAAAAGCAUACUACCUCAAGCUGACCGGAAAAGCAAACAGUUAUUAGUUCCACAUGGAAAAGUUGAUGAAAUCAGUGCCUCUAAAACUGAUGAUGUUAAUAAUAAUGAAUCUACUAAUGCACCAGCAUCUGCUAAUCAGAAAGAUGCAGCAGUAUUAGUUACUGAAAAUGAGAGUGGUGAAAACACUGUUGACAAUAUGGUCGAAGUCCCACUGACAGAAGACAACAUUGAGAGCGCAGCUUCCUCUGCUAACCAGGAUGCUCUGGCUACAACUUCAACAGAUGAGAAUGAAGGGUUUCCUCUGCUGGCAGACAGGGAGAUCGAAGUUGACAGUGGAGAUCAUUCCACCAAUGGUGAUCUGACUGUCAGUGCGGUGGGAGAAAAUAUUUCCUUGACUGUUAACCAAGAGAAAACUGUUCCUGAAAUAGUUGAGAAACAGAGCAAUAGUCAUUCCCAAGAAACUGAGCCGGAUAUAAUAGAGACCUCACAAAAUGUAAACAAUCAGCAAGAGAAUAAAACGGAUGCCUCUGCCAUGAAAGUUCAGGACCAACUUGAUGAGGCUCAAGGAUUGCUUAAGACAGCCGUUAAAACUGGUCAAGCAAAAGAGGCUAGAUUAGCCCGGGUUUGUGCUGGACUUCAAUCCCGUCUUCAAGAAUACAAAUCAGAGAACGCACAGCUUGAGGAACUUCUUGUUCAAGAGAGAGAGAGGAAUAGUUCAUGUGAAGCUCACAUAAAGCAGCUUCAACAUGAUUUAUCUGCAUCCAGGAUGGAAGCAGCAAGAGUGGAGUCAAAUAUGGCUGAUGCUUUGGCUUCAAAAAAUUCUGAAAUUGAAUCUCUUGUCAGUUCUAUGGAUGCUAUGAAGAAACAAGCUGCUGCUUCUGAAGGAAAGCUUGCCUCUGUACAGGCAGACUUGGAGAAUUUGAGGAGAAACCGUGAACUGACAGAGACUCGGAUGAUCCAGGCUCUAAGAGAGGAACUUGCUUCUGCAGAGCGCAGAGCUGAAGAAGAGCGUACUGCACAUAAUGCCACAAAGAUGACAGCAGUAGAGAGAGAGGUAGAGCUAGAGCACCGGGCUGUUGAGGCAUCAAAUGCUCUUGCUAGAAUCCAGAGAGCUGCAGAUGAAAGCACAUCAAGGGCAACUGAAUUGGAGCAGAAAGUGGCUUUGCUUGAGGUUGAAAAUACAUCGCUGCAGCAAGAGUUACAAGACAUGGAAGCUCGUAACCGCCGCUUCCAGAAGAAGCCUUCUGAAGAAGCUAACCAAAUUCUUCAGAUGCAGGCAUGGCAGGAAGAAGCCGAACGUGCGCGUCAUGGCCAAAGAGAAGCAGAAAACAAGCUUUCUUCUUUGGAGGUUGAGCUACAGAAGAUGCGAGUAGAAAUGGCUGGCAUGAAAAGGGACGCCGAGCAUUAUUCAAGACAGGAGCAUAUAGAAUUAGAGAAGCGAUAUCGUGAACUGACCGACUUGCUGUACCAUAAGCAAACCCAACUAGAAUCCAUGGCCAGUGAAAAAGCUGCGUUGGAGUUUCAACUAGAGAAAGAGAUAAGGCGCCUUCAAGAAGCACAGGUAGAAGCCGAAAGGAGUAGAGUUGCGCGCAGAUCAGUGUCAUCAUGGGAAGAAGAUACUGAUAUAAAAGCACUCGAGCCUCUACCUUUACACCACCGGCAUAUGGCUGCAGCAAGCAUACAAUUGCAAAAGGCUGCUAAGCUUCUAGACUCAGGAGCCGUACGGGCUACUAGAUUUUUGUGGCGGUAUCCCGUUGCUAGAGUCAUCCUACUCUUCUAUCUGGUGUUUGUGCAUCUCUUCUUGAUGUAUCUCUUACAUCGCUUGCAGGAACAAGCCGACGAUAUUUCUUCCAGAGAAGUUGCAGCAUCUCUCGGACUCGGCAACUCAAGCUUGCCGUAGGUUUCCUCGUAGUUGCUCAUCCCGAGGCCCAUUCCUUUCUAAGGGGAUCUCUGGGGAUAAGAAAACUACUUAUGGCGGAUGCCCUCCCUCUUUUAUUUUUUACCCCUCUUCUGUAAAUCUGUUCUUGUUAUUUUGCUACUCUUUAAUCCAUUCUUUGAAGUUUCAUAUGAACCAACAAUUUGCUUCAGAUAUAUAUAGUGACAAAAAGAAGAUUCGUAUACAAUUGUAUGAAGGAAGCUUAUUUUAUGACUUCUUGAUUGUUCAUCUCUG